GCUCCCCCCUCCCCGCGCCGCCCGGCAUGGACGGCGGCGGGGGCGGCCCCGAGGGCACCGGCCUGGAUAAAAUGCUCCAGGGCUCCGCUUGCUGCCGAGGAUCCCUCCCCGCCCUGCCCCUGCCGUGAUCCCGACCCCCGCCGCAGCCCAGCCAGGACCCCCGACCCCGCCGGGCUCCGAUGGAAGAGGCGCCGGGCCGGAGCAGCCCCCCCGGGACGGAGGGCGCCCCAUGAGCCCCCCCAGAUGAGCCACGCAGCCAAGGGGGAGCCCCCCGGGGCCGGCAUGGCGCAGGAGGGGCCGCCCGCCUUCUACCCCAGCCAGGAGCUCGACCUGUCCACCAAGGUGUACAAGAGGGAGUCAGGGAGCCCCUUCUCGGUGCUGGUGGACAGCAAAGUGAGCAAGGGCCACCUCCACGAGAGGGAGGAGCAGCCGUUUUUCAGGGAGAGCAGAGCGGUAGGAGAGGUCCGGGCUGUGAAAGAAGACAGGGAAAACUCUGACGACUCUGAGGAGGAGGAAGAGGAGGAAGAUGAAGUGACUUACAAAAGGGAGCAGAUUAUAGUGGAGGUAAACCUUAACAACCAAACCUUAAAUGUGUCCAAAGGGGAGAAGGGUGUCCCCUCCCAGUCCAAAGAGACUGCUGUCCUUAAGAGCAGCAGUGAGGAAGAGGAGGGUGACAGUGGGGAAGAGGCCACGGAAGACAGUAAUGAUUAUGAGGAGAAUGAGAGGCAGAAGAAAAAGGAGAAAAGAGUGGAGAAGGUUAGUGUUGGCCAGAGGAGAAGCAGGAGAGCCGCCUCUGCCGCGGCCGCCGCCGCCUCCCCGGCGCCCCGAGCGACGCGGGGGCGCAGGAAGAGCGCGGAGCCCCCCAAGCGUAAGAAGAAAGCUGCAAAGGAGCCCAAGGCACCUGUGCAGAAAUCAAAGUGUGAAGAGAAGGAGACUCUGACCUGUGAGAAGUGCCCCAGGGUGUUUAACACACGCUGGUACCUGGAGAAGCACAUGAACGUCACCCACAGGCGGAUGCAGAUCUGCGACAAAUGUGGGAAGAAAUUUGUGCUAGAGAGUGAGCUGUCCCUCCACCAGCAAACUGACUGUGAAAAAAACAUCCAGUGCGUGUCCUGCAACAAAUCCUUCAAGAAGCUCUGGUCUCUGCACGAGCACAUCAAGAUCGUGCACGGCUACGCCGAGAAGAAGUUCUCGUGCGAGAUCUGCGAGAAGAAGUUCUACACCAUGGCCCACGUGCGCAAACACAUGGUCGCCCACACCAAGGACAUGCCCUUCACCUGCGAGACCUGCGGGAAGUCCUUCAAGCGCAGCAUGUCCCUCAAGGUGCACUCCCUGCAGCACUCGGGGGAGAAGCCCUUCCGCUGCGAGAACUGCGACGAGAGGUUCCAGUACAAGUACCAGCUGCGCUCCCACAUGAGCAUCCACAUCGGGCACAAGCAGUUCAUGUGCCAGUGGUGUGGCAAGGACUUCAACAUGAAGCAGUACUUCGACGAGCACAUGAAAACCCACACUGGGCAUUCUGCAUGGCUCAGGGGGUUCUCCGUGGCUCAGGGGGUUCUCCCCGUCCCGCACCCCUACGGCGCCCUGGCCCUGCCGCCCCACGGGCACCACCCCCACGGGCACCACCCCCAGCACCUGCCCGUGCCCCCCGUGCCCCACCUGCCGCCGCCCCCCGCCCUGUUCAAGAGCGAGCCCCUGAACCACCGCGGGCACGGCCACGGGCACGGCGGCGACGGCUUCCUGCGGCACCUGGACAAGGGCAGCCCGGCACAGCCGCACUGACACCGGCUGGCACCCAGGUUUGGGAGCGGGGAUAUCCAGGUUUGGGAGCUGGGAUGGGAGCUGGCACCCAGGUUUGGGAGCGGGGAUGGGAUCUGGGGUGGGAUUGAGCUGCUGUGAGCAUGGGCACAGCCACGGCUUCCUGCGGCACCUGGACAAGGGCAGCCCGGCACAGCCGCACUGACACCGGCUGGCACCCAGGUUUGGGAGCGGGGAUAUCCAGGUUUGGGAGCGGGGAUGGGAUCUGGGGUGGGAUUGAGCUGCUGUGAGCAUGGGCACAGCCACGGCUUCCUGCGGCACCUGGACAAGGGCAGCCCGGCACAGCCGCACUGACACGGGCUGGGGUCAGGGACCUGGGACCCAGGAUCCAGCUCUGGGAUCUGGGAUCCAGCUCUGGGAUCCAGCCUGGCUCUGGGAUCUGAUCCAGCUCUGGGAUCCAGCCUGGCUCUGGGAUCCUCCCUCCCACCACCCCACCCCGCUCCUGGGCCGAGCUCUGCCCCACCCCCCGGGUCCCCUCUCGAGGACCCCCAGGACUGAAACGCCCCAAAUUUGUGUUUUCCCGGUGACUUUUCUAAAUCCCGGCUCCCGAGCCUGGUGGAAUUUUCUAAUUUCAUAUCAGCUGACGAGGUUUGCUUGGCUUUUAUAUCCUGGCCCUCUCCUCAAAGAGGAGGCGGGCCCGGGCUCUUUGUACUAAUGGGAAAGGCUGUGAGUUAAUUAAUACAGAGCAUUAAUGAUCACUGUGUACGUAAUGAUUCCUUUCAGCACCCCGAGCUCGGAGCAUUCACCCAGAAAAGCAAAAAAAAAAAAACAAAAAGGAAAAAAGAAAAAAAAAAAACCAACAAAAAACCACCCCUCCCGUUGUUUUUGUGUAGCUCUCCUAACACACUUCUUUAUUUUACUACAGAAAUUAUUUUAGAGGUUUUUUGUAUAGAUCCUAUUUAGUAGAGUCUGUUUCUAAAACAAAAAAAAGCCAAAAAAAAAAAAAUUGAUGAUGAUAAUAAUAAUAAUAAUUGUAUUUCCAUAAACGGUGUAAUUUUUUCAGUGUAGCUGCACCUCUGUUGUACAAUAGAGAAAUUUUUAU